AUGCCGAAAAGAAUCGAUAUAUGUAACAUCAUUACUCAAUCAACCAAUUACAGUGACAGCGACGAUGAGAAUAAUGGUAGUGAAAAUGAUAUUAGUGAUAGUGAUUAUGAAGAUGAAACAUCAAAUAAAAUCUAUGAACAUCUUCCAAGUUUAUCUCAAAUAUUGAUAGUAGCACGAUUAAUAGGAAAACGAGAAUAUAUUUUAUGUCGAAAUGGCACAAAAAAAUUUUUCAAUAAAGUCUGUCAAUACCAGGAAUUGUCACAAAUCGAUAAACCAAAUGAUCUUAAUUAUGGAUCGAGAUUGGGUAAAGCAGCAGAAAUAUUGUGCAAACUAGCUGCUAUUUGUGAAAUUAUAAGAAUUUCUAUUGAAGUAUUGGAAUUGCUUCGAAGUCAAAAUCAACUUCAUUAUGAAGAUACAAGUUUAACAUUCAUUCGGAAUGUGACUAGUUUUAUCGAAAACAAAUAUCCAUCGUCGAACGGUAUACUGGAAAUACAAUCAUCCAGUUGUGAUCUUGCUGGACGUCUUGUUUGCAGUCACUUGUUGAAAAUGUUGUUGGCAUUAUAUGAUGUUGAACCAAUCGUUCCGAAUGUAAAGAAAAACAAAGUUGAUUCAAGUUCAAAAUAUAUAAAUACAACAUCGCGUGCAAUUGUUCAUAUGAAAGCUUUUCCAUCUGAACAUGUCUUAAAUGAUCCAAUAAAACAUAAUCUAAUAAAUCAAUUGUUUGGAGAAGUGAAACUAAACUUGACCACCUAUAUGUCAAUGUUAUGUAAUAGUCAUAUAAAAGAUAAACAAGUAUUAACUGCCAAUGGUAAACAAAUGUUGUUACUACCUGAACAUAAAUUAUUGUAUGAACAUUUAAAAAGAAAAUAUCUUGAUAGAAAUUUUGAUGAAAAAACACCUGCCGUUGUUCAAGAAAAUACAUCUGAUCGUACUGCUAAUGAAACUUGUACCGAUCGAAACAAAUCAAGUCGAGAAUCACAAACUGACUCAAAUUUGAAUGAGAUGUCUAAUAGUACAUAUAAUGCGAUUAUUGAUACAACACUAGAUAUAAAUCAUGUUAAACCAAAUCAAAUUGAAAUAAAUAAAAAUAGUUCGAAUAAGAUAACCGAUAUAAACAGUAUAUGCGAAGAAUAUUCUGUAACAAUGCCAUCAAGUUGUAUAUCACCUUCAAAUGCAACAACAACUUUAUCAACAUUUAUGGAAAAUGAUAGUGUUAACAUACUAUAUGAAAAUAGAUGUAAAGAAAGCAAUAAUACGAAUAUUGGCAUUUCAGUAGCUGCAGAAUUGAAUAGCAAUUUGAUAAAUGUACAAAACACGUCUGAUUCUAAUUUGAAUAGUAUUAAACAAGCACCAAUGGCACUUACUGAUGUGUCGUCAUUAUCUAUUAUGGGUAACAGUAAUAAUCAAAACGUAUUUAAUAGUCAAACAGAACACAAUGAUGUAACAUAUAAUGAAAAUGAAUGCAAUUCAAUGACAAAUCCUAUCGAAUCAUCACAAAUAAUAAAUAUGGAUAAUACUACAACAAGCAAUUUAGCUUGUAAGAAUAUUGAUGGUAAAUAUUUUUAA